UUGCGUGUGUAGAAACCGUUAUUUUCUUUUCUUUUUCUCUAAAUAUCCUCUUUAUAAUGAAUAAUGGACACUCCAACCCUGUGGCGUCAUUAGGCAUUAAUACACAAUAUAGUGGAAAUAGUUCUUCAAGUGGUGGUGAUGGUAGUGGUUCCUCUCCUCUGAACUCACCUUUAAUCUCACCAGCAGCAGGGUCACCUUCUUCCUUUACUGGACCCGAAAGUAGUUGGGACCAACUUCAGAACCAAUUCACUCAACAAAUGUCUCUUCAACCUCCCUCACCAGCAGCACCUAUUGCAACAAAACCUGGUAGUGGAAACACUUUUGUACAUAAACUAUACAAUAUGGUUGUCGAUAAACAAUACCAACAUCUGAUUGCUUGGACAUACACUGGUACUUCGUUUAUUGUCUGUAAUAUCACUGAAUUCUCGAGAGAUGUGUUACCCAAACAUUUCAAGCACAACAAUUUCAGUAGUUUUGUUCGACAACUCAACAUGUAUGGUUUCCAUAAAGUGAAUAAAUCACCAAGAGGACAUCGUACAUUGGCAGAGAAUCAAAUAUGGGAGUUUUCGCAUGCAAAGUUCUUGAGAAAUAGACCUGAUUUACUAGACGAGAUUAAAAGAAAAGCAUUAGAAUCUGAUUCAGUGAGAAGAGACACCAACGAUAUGAGUUCGCAUAUGGCCAUGAUGCAAAUGUCACAGACAGACAUGAUGCAGCAGAUUUCCCGCCUUCAAGAAAACCUGAAUCAAGUCAUGAAUGAAUUAACAGAGACGAAAAAGCGGCAAAUAAUGCAAGAACAAAUGAUGAAAGACAUUAUGGAUUUUAUGACUAAACAAUAUGGAACAGCAUGUAAGUGAGGUACAUCUUUAUCUGAUCUUAAUUUUAUUUUCAUAGUACAUACAAAUUUAUUUGAUACAAUAAAGCAAGAUCCCGACAGACCACCUCCACCUAUUUACAUUACUUCUGCUGACAAUCAACAACAGCAGCAGCAACAACAGCAACAACA